AUGGCCGAACCCAUCAAGAACAGACGCAAUGAGCCGACUGCACCGACCCCGCAGAACACCCCGGCCAACAACGCUCCCAUCUCCUCCCAUGCCCAACAGCCCGGCGUCGCCAGCAUCAAGGAAGAUGAUCUCGCCGAGCGCGCUGCUGCUGCGUCUAUCUUCGCCGGGAACCCCCAGCUCGUCCAGAUGAUUCAGGGCCGCCUCGGAUCUCUGGUUGGCCGCUCAUCUGGCUACAUUGAGUCGCUACCUGCCCCGGUCCGUCGCCGUGUCGCUGGCUUGAAGGGCAUCCAGAAGGAGCACUCGAAGCUUGAGGCCGAGUUCCAGGAGGAGGUUCUGCAGCUUGAAAAGAAGUACUUCGCCAAGUUCACCCCGCUCUACCAAGAGCGUGCCAAGAUCGUCACUGGCUCUGCUGAGCCAACCGAGGAGCAGGUCAAGAUUGGAGAGGAGGAGCUCGAGGAUGAUGAAAAUGAGAAGGAAGAGGCAGAGGCAGAGAAGACGGAAGUGAAGCCCGCAGAGUCUACGGAGAGCGUCUCUGGCAUUCCCGAGUUCUGGCUUUCUGCCAUGAAGAACCAGAUCUCUCUUGCUGAGAUGAUCACUGAUCGCGAUGAGGCCGCCCUCAAGCAUCUGGUCGAUAUCCGCAUGGAGUAUCUCGAUAAGCCCGGAUUUCGCCUGAUCUUCGACUUCGAUGACAACAACUACUUCACCAACAAGUCUAUUACCAAGACCUACUACUACCAGAACGAGAGUGGAUACGGCGGUGACUUCAUCUACGACCACGCGGAGGGAGACAAGAUCAACUGGAAGGAAGGUGAAGAUCUGACCGUCCGUGUUGAGAGCAAGAAGCAGCGAAACAAGAACACCAAACAAACCCGCAUUGUCAAGAAGACCGUCCCCACUGAGUCAUUCUUCAACUUCUUCUCCCCUCCCAAGGCUCCCACUGAUGAUGACGACGAUGAUGCCGCGUCUGACAUCGAAGAGCGCUUGGAGCUGGACUAUCAGCUCGGCGAAGAUAUCAAGGAGAAGUUGAUUCCCCGAGCCAUUGACUGGUUCACCGGUGAGGCCUUGGCUUUCGAGGAGCUGGAGGACCUUGAUGAGGAUGCAUUCGACGAGGACGACGAUGAAGAGGAUGACGACCUCAGCGACGACCGUGAUGAGGACGAGGAGGAAUCUGAGGAAGAUGACGACGCCGCCAAGCCUAACAAGGAGGCGGCUGAGUGCAAGCAGAGCUAA